AUGGUGUCAACUAUCGAUCUACUGGAACAAGGAUUAGGUCGUACAAGAACAUUUGACGUGAUUUCUGAUUCGACCAAUCCUGACGACGUGUUUUCGUUUUUGUGUCAAGAUGUGGAUGCUACUGUAGACAGUGACACUUUGUAUAAUUCAUUUGAUGUGAGUAAUAGACUGGAUGGAUAUGUGCAAAGACUGGAAGAUGUUGUUGUUAAUAAGAGCAUAGCGUAUGAAGGAGAAAUAGAGAGAGCAAUUGGCAACUCUGUGGAGCUGAAUAUCCUGGUUGAAAGGAGCCUGCUCGAAUACGAAUUGAAGCUCGGGAGUGAUGAAAGAACCCCACGCAGGGUGAUCGGUGUCGAAGAACUGGUAAAGGGGCUAGAUGGUGAAUCGGAGAUCACUGCAAUGGCAUUAGUGGAACAUUACGUUGAGCUCAUGAAGCUUGGGAAUAUUACAGAGAUCUCAAGCAUCACCAACAGUAGUUUGAACAAGGAACUAAUCAGGAGUAACGAUAAGAUGAUGGAUGAGUUGAUAAGUACGUUGUUGUCUAUAGCUGUUGAGAAAAAUAUCCAACUGCCGUCGGCGGAUAUAUAUAAAAUGAACGAGAUUGAUGGGCGUACAAAAUGGUUCAAAGAAUGUAUUUUAAAAGUUGUCAAUACAGGCAAUAUGGGAAGUCUUGAACAAAGCAAUAGGUCAUAUUUCGAUGAAAGUGAUGCUAGUCUCUCCCAGGUUAAUUAUCCUGUGAACAAAGUCAAUAACGACGACGACAACAACAACACCAAUAGCAACACGGCUUUGAAAGAUUUACAGUUUGCCCAUGCAUAUUUGACAAAGAAAUACCAAGAAGACUUAAAUCAGAGCAACCAAUAUGUCAAUGAGCUCAUACGGAAAUACCAGAAAUGCGAAGAGCUUUUGAAAAGCAGUAACAAGGAAUUGGAGAAAAAUACAAACAGGUUGAUUGAAGCUGAAUUAAAGAAUGCAGAACUGCAACGUAAAUUAGAGGAACGAACAAACGAGGUGCAUUCGUUGAUGAUGAGCAACAACCUCUUACGAGUAGAUCAGCUGGGCAACAACUCCAGUGCAUUGGUGAUGUCUCCGCCUACAAGCAUCGAGUCGCCAGACAACCUUGUGCUGGCAGAGUCCCCCCUAUUCUCCUCGUCUGCUUCCAAUAUGCCCAACGGAGAUACUCCGAGUGUGAGAAUCCUACGCACAGAGUUUAAGAAGCUUGUUGAGCAAAUCAAUUCAAGGUUUGAGAAGGAAAUACACCAACUGAGGAUGGAAUAA